AUGGAGUAUCUUCAACAAUUUAUCCCAUUCUUUGAAGAAAUAGAGUUUAAACACCUUCCCCGCAAGCAAAACAGCUUCACCGAUGCUUUGGCAAAUCUUGCGGUAAAUUUGACUUGGGAUGAUGAUGUAAAGGUACAGUCAGUAACGAUUGUAGAAAAACAAAUUCCAAUGGUUAAUUUUGAACCAACAAUUGCUCUACUAACCCAAGAAGAUAGCGAGGAUGCUUGGUAUACUGAUAUUAAGAAGUAUCUGAUCGGUGGAGAAUAUCCUGAAGGGAGUCACAAGAAGGAUCAGUUGGCUAUUCGAAGGCUAGCUUCUCAUUUUAUAAAAUUAAAAGGUUUGUUGUAUCAUAAAAGUGAGGAUGGAAACUUGCAAUUAUGCAUCGGUGGGGAACAGACACAAAGGAUCAUGGAAGAAGUACAUGGGGAUAAUGUAGGCCUCAUAUGA